UUCAAUCAGGUCGGAACAGACUAGUGGCAGGCAUCAGCACAGUAACAACACGGACUUCAUUGACCUAAACACCGGUCGUCAUGCUCCAUGGAGCCCCGUGUGUGUCUUCUGUCAGACGGGCAGAAGAGUUGCUUCACUUCCCGCCGCCUUCUCGUCAACUUUCCACGGCUACAGCACCACGCAGCCGCGAUGGACGGACACCGGCGCCCCGGUGCGGCAUGCAAAUACGUACUCUGACGUCGGCGAUCAUGUGGCUUUUGGCGUAGAUCCUCCUUGUGAUCGCCAAUUUUCCCUCUCCUGUCGCCUGUUGUCUGCCUAGCUACCGGAGCUACAGUGUUAUAAACAGCUUUUUGCUACAUUCUAUCGCUUUGGGAUUGUACCGAACGAUACCUGCGCACCGCGACGGAACCGUAAGCAGGUGGUGUCCUGUCAUGCAUUUCCACAAGGUCAGCCUGCCGUGGAGCUGACGCUGUCAGCGAGACAAGCCCAAUACUUCACCCUCCAUUGCCCUCGCUCAAGCCACUCAUCCUGCCCCAGGGAGCAAGCUCUCCGGUUCUAAGGGUCUGACCUGUCCCAGUACAAGCCCAUCCUCCUGGCUAGUCUUUUCACGCUGUGGUGGCCAUACUGCAUCUUUUGCUGUCCAGCCGCAGUCUCCUUUACAGAAUACCUGGCCAAGGAAAAGUGAAAGCAAUCCUCAUUAUUCAUCAUCAUGUCUAGCCGGCGGAAGGCUUCCACACCCUGCAUGAUCCGACCACUGGAGACCAUGGUUGAACUGGAUGACGAGGAGGAGGAGACAACAGGGAACCAUGCCGAGGAGGACGCUAUGGAGACAGAUCCAUCCGAUGACCAAGACACGGUGGGGAAGACCUCCGACUUUCCAGCAGCUCCAGACAUCUCAGUGACAGAGUCACAGGACUGUUCCAAACCUUCACGUAAGCAGCAGCAGCGAGGCUACGAGUGCAAAUACUGCACAUUCUCCACUCAGAACCUCAACACCUUCAAGGAACACGUGGACGCCAACCACCCCAACGUCAUCCUUAACCCGCUGUACCUGUGUGCGGUCUGUAACUUCAACACGAAAAAGUUUGACUCCCUGACGGAACACAACGAAAGGAAUCACCCCGGCGAGAGCAACUUUAAGUUCAAGCGCAUCAAAAUGAACAAUCAGACAAUCCUGGAACAGACAAUAGAGGGCUGCAGCAGCAAUGCGGUCAUUUACAACAGUUCCGGCGUGGUCCCGGUGUCGGGACAGAGCACGUUGCCCCUCAGCAAAGCCACUACGGUCAAGAUAGGAAAACAAAAAGUCACGUCUUCGGAUAAUAAACGGAUGGAGCCUCAGUUGUGUAAACUGAACCCUGACCUGACCAAGAAAGCCAUCACAGCACUCAACGUGAACGGGACGGUAAUCAUCCCGGAGUCGACGCUCCUCAAAGCUGACAGCCUUUCUCACAUCAUGCCUUCCCUGCAGCGGCCUGUAAACUACACCCAGGUGCCGAAGAUCGCCAUUCCCCUCAACACAACCAAAUACAAUCCUUCCCUCGACGACAACUUGACUCUCAUAUCUUCCUUUAACAAGUUCCCGUACCCAACACAGGCUGAGCUCUCCUGGCUCACUGCUGUAUCCAAACAUCCGGAGGAGCAAAUCAAAGUUUGGUUUACCACACAGAGGCUCAAACAAGGCAUUAGCUGGUCACCAGAAGAGGUAGAGGAAGCCAGAAAGAAGAUGUUCAAUGGAACGAUCUCCUCUGUGCCUCAGACCUUCACAGUUGUAACGCCUCAGCUCACCACUCAGUCAUCCACCAACCUGCCGGCGGUGACAACAGCCGCUAAAUCGGCGCAGUCUUCAACCCCCGUCCUCCAGUCCGUCCCGUGUCAGCUCUUGGGACAGACCAGCCUUGUGCUGACUCCUGUAGCCAAUGGCUCCACGGUCACAUGUGCGCCGUUGGCACUAACGCUGGCUAACCAGGUGGCUCAGUCUCUCAAACGACCUUUGGCCUCUCCCUCGACCGCCUCAGACAGCAAACGGCCCUCCAUCAUUCAAACAAUUUCUGCGCCUAUUGCCACAUCCAAGAUGGCGUCCCCCAAAGUGUUAAAUUUCACCGCCGAUCCCAACAAAACUGCAGAGCAGCUAUCUGUGUUGCGGUCCAGCUACACACAGUGUCCUUUCCCUGAGGAGGAAGAGAUCUACAGACUCAUAGAGACCACCGGACUGUCCAGAGGAGAGAUAAAGAAGUGGUUCAGUGAACAAAGGCUCCUUAAUCUCAAAGGUGUUCCUCCUCCGCCCGUGCUGGUGAAAGCUGAAGUGACUCCAGUACCGAAAGAGGGUCCUGUCAGGAAAGCGGUUCCGAGCCAGUUUCCUUUGUUGGAGCGAGUGAAGGGAAAGUCUUCAGAGCAGCUGAAGGCGCUUGAGGAGAGUUUCCACAGAAGCAGCGCUCCAACUGACACACAGCUCGACCAACUGGCCCAGGAGACCAAGCUCUCCAAAACUGAAGUGGACUGCUGGUUUUCCGAGCGCAGAGCUCUGAGGGACAACAUGGAAAAAGCUCUACUCAGCGUGACCUCCAAAGGCACAGAAGACAAAGCCGACAGGCCGGGCGUGUUGCUCAACGGCUCUUCCCAUCGCGAGCAGGAUGGGAAAACGCUCCAACCUUCGGUCCUUCCGUCUUUCCUUUCUUCUUCCUCGUCCUCCUCAUCCUCCCCCCCUGUACUGGCAGCCUCCUCCCCUCAUCCGCCAGCCUUGUCCGCAUCUGCGUCUCCCCCCAUUCUCACAUCGUCCUCCUCAUCCUCGUCCCCACACCCCCCGGUCCUCUCUGUGUCGACAAGCCCGGCUCCCAUCCCAAGUGGGUCCCUCGUUCUGCUCCGUGAGAUGUUCUGUCGGACCCAGUGGCCAACACCUGAGGAGUACAGCCAGCUGGAGGGGCAAACAAGCUUGGGCCGCACUGACAUCGUCCGCUGGUUUAAGGACCACCGCUCCGCCGUCAAAAACGGUGAGACCUUGGACUGGUUGGAAGCUUACCAGAACCAAAAUCGUCUUGAAGAGCAAAAAUCAGGACAAGAGCAGAACGGAGGGAGUUUGGAGAACCAGCAAAGUGUGUCGUUGGAUGGCAGCGUUGGAAAAGUGGAGGAAGCUGGUGAGAAGAAAACGGCUGCAGCAUCUUUGGAGCACUCCAAGUUAUCCAAUCCGGACGCGGUGCAGUGGUUGACUGAAAAGCUCACCCACAGCGUGUCGGACCUGAGCCAGGCCAGACUGGACCAGACCAGCUCAAGCACCGCUGACAAGGGAAGGUGGGUACAAGUGACUGUGGCUGUGGGGGAGGAGAACGAUGGAGGAUUACAAAGACAAAGGCUGGCAACAGAUGCUGAUGUUUUGACCUUGGAGCAACCUGGAAGGGUCACUGGUUGAUGAUGAAGUGAAUCAAUACAUGACUCACAGAACGUCGUGUAAGAGACGAGAUGCCAAAAGUGGGAGCAGUGAUGUAACUCCUUGUCGGUGUUGUGGCCACAAAGCACCGUGGACCUCUUGUCACGUGUCCGCGACGUGCGGUGCAGAUACUCACUUUUCCAGGCGUGCCAAAGCUGGACUCAAUGAUGUAUUGUUCUCACAACAACCUUUUUUUGGAAGGAUUAUUCUUGUAAAUAUUUUUCUGUAUCGCUAAGAAGGUUUGUACAGAUUUACCGGAAAGGGCAUGUUUUUUUUUUUUUUUUUUUUAAGACUGACCUGCUCAAUAUUUAGAAUGUUUGUGUUGUUUUACGAUCAAAGUGUAAACUAGCUGCUUAUUUGCUGAAAAUCAAUCCUAUUUUGGGGGACAACUGUAACCGCUUACUGCUCAAUAUGAGUACUAUUCAAUGGCACUUGCACUAUCGUAAGACUUUCUUGUGCUUUGGGCCUCAUCUCUCCAGCUUAGGCGUUCCAGGAAACUGUACCUCUUGCAGCACCGCCCUUUUCGGACCCGUAUAAAAGGAGUCUCACAUAAAGGCCUGGAAGGAAAGUGAGAAUGGAUUUGCGGGAGUGUGAUCCUGGCGUCACGUGCGCAGUUAAAGACGAACUGUCCUCGGCCUAAUGAAUGAUAGAAUGCACUAACUUGUAUCUUUUUUUCAAUCGGCUAGUGUGCUCCUGCAUCAGUACCUGAGGCAAUAACGGUGCAGAAUGUUGUUCUUUCUGUUCUACUAAUGUUUCAAAACAGUCUGUCCGAUCGCACCAUGCUGCCUUUUCAGCUUCCCCACCAACCGAUGAUGAUGAUUAUGAUGAUGAUGGUAAUUGAUGAUGAUGCUAACACAAGUUACAAGGUGGUGGAAAUUCUUGACUGAAGCUCUUCUGAGUGUGAAUCUUGCCCGGCUGUGAAUUGUGAACACGUCUCGUUCGCUCUCUGCUUUCGUUUUUCUCAAAGAGACAAUUUCAGUUAUUUUUGUACAGGCUGUUCAGACAAGCUCAAACGGCAGUGGAUAUACGUUUGGAAAGUCAAAUCUACGGUAAACAUGACUUUUAUUUUUUACUUGUACUGAAGAUUUAAAGGGAGGUUGUGUUUUUUUUUUUGUUUUUUUUUUUGAAGUUGCAUUAUUUGUGCAAGCACUGUUUGAGAUUCAACUGUUACUUUCGUUACGGUGAUCUAAACAAGCAGGAUGAAGACAUGUUUGCUCCUGCUUUAGUCUCCCGUUCAAGCCACCGUCUUGAGCCGUAUUCUAGUUGGCUUUUAAGGAAUACUGCCUGCAUUUUCGUUUUCUACUUUAACUCUUGCUCAAACUCAAUAAAUACACAAAGCCUGU